GGAGUCGGCGGCGGCGCGCGCCGGGGGCGGGGUCUAGGCCGUGCGAGGACGGCGCGGGAGCGGGUGAGAGAAUCAGAAAAAUGAAGCGAACAUGGAGCUUCAGUAGAAAAAUGACCUUGGAUUCCCCUUAAGUGAUGUGUCUCUGAUGCCCUUUUUCUCAGUGUCUGGAGGCAGAAGUCAGCCCUGAAAUGUGGUGGUUCCAGCAGGGCCUCUCAUUCCUGCCCGUGGCACUGGUUGUGUGGUCAGCAGCAUCAUUUGUGUUUUCCUACAUCACUGCAAUUGUCCUGCACCAUGUUGACCCUUUGGUGCCCUACAUCAGUGAUACAGGAACAAUACCACCUGAAAGAUGCUUAUUUGGGAUCAUGUUAAAUGUUUCAACCUUCUUAGGGAUAGCCACCAUGUAUGUCCGGUACAAACAAGUGUCUGCCCUGAGCCCAGAAAAACCCAAGAUCCUCAGGCUGAAUAAGCUGGGCCUCACGCUGGGAUGGAUGAGCUGCUUUGGACUCUGCAUUAUUGCCAAUUUCCAGAAAUGCAUCCUGUAUUACAUCCACGUGCUGGGAGCCUGCCUGACCUUCGGGGUGGGGUCCAUUUACAUGCUGGUUCAGACCAUCCUGUCCUACCUGAUGCAGCCAGAACUUCACAGCAAAGACAUCUUCUGGGCCCGCCUGGCUGUGUUCCUGUGGAGCUGUUCCAGCAUCCUGAGCAUGUUUGUGUCCUCGGUUGUGUUGUACAGUGGCCUGUAUGGACAGAACCUGGUGCAGAAGCUGCACUGGAACUCCCAAGAAAGAGGCUACACCACCCACAUCAUCAGCACCGUCUCUGAGUGGUCGCUGGCAUUCUCCUUCCUCAGCUUCUUCCUCACCUACAUCCGUGACUUCCAGAAAAUCUCCCUGCGGGCCAUGGUCAGCCUGCAGGGCCAGACCCUGCACGAGAGCCCAGGGAGCUUCAGGGCAGAGGAUGAGGCGCUGCUUAUAGCAGGGAGCAUCUGAUGGAUGAAGAAACUCAGGAAUUCAAUAGCAAUAGCAGCUGUUAUUUCUAAACAUUUAUUUUAUAUUAAAAAGUAUGAAGUUACUGUCUUGUACUUGACAUUAAGGGCUUUGCUAUUAACCCACAGCAAUGCAAAUGUUACCAGUACUGUGAAUAAGUCUGUGACAUUUCUACAUUUUCCAAUGUCAUGAAGGAUUAAAUGAAGGUUAUGAAUAA